AUGCUUGACGCGGUUAAAGCAUAUUGCAAGGAGAGCGCCAGUAUUAAAGGCACAGCAUCUUUAAAUAUAAUGGUCGCCUCGUCCUUCCACCCUUUUGAUGGUUUCACCUCAUAUAUUGAUGGAUCUGGGUUCUUGUGGGAGCCUAAAAGCGUCGAUGUUUCCGUUGGCUCCCUGCAAAUGGGCUCCCUGCAAAGGGAGCUAGGUGGACUUGUUGAUGUUGGAGUCAUAUCCAGUUCACAGGACUUGCGAUACCGCGAAAAAGGUGCGAGCUUUCUCGAACAGCAAGAAAAAUGUCCCGACCGUGAGCAUUUAUGA